AUGCCCACGCACUGCUGUGUUCCCGAGUGCACCAAGAAAGGUUGUCGCGAGGAGGAUGGCAGGAAAGUCUCGUUCUUCAAGUUUCCUGAUCAUGUCGGUCGCCGUAAACAGUGGCUUCACGCCAUCAGAAGAGAGGAAGGAAAACAUUUUCUGAUCACGAAGGCAACCAAGGUCUGUUCGAGACAUUUUAGGCCGGAAUAUGAUUUUGUAAAGACCCUCGUUGGCAGAACGGAGCUGCGAGGGAAUGCUGUUCCUUCGAAGUUUGCGUGGACUCGCACCUCUCCCCAGAAACGUAAAGCGCCAGCAGUACGCGAAAGCAUUGAUGAAACAAGCCGAAAUCUUUUUGAAGAAACCGGAACGAAUGACGAGCCAGAAAACUCAGAAAACUGCGAAGAUGAAGGGGAAAAUCGCAUAGAAGAAAGGGAAACUGUGGAAAGCAUCCUGUCUGAAAACUUGAAAAUGGAUGCUGAGACCCAAACCACAGAACCAAAGGAAGGCACUGAGACCUCGCUGACACAACAAAUAGUGGACCUUGAAUCCAAUCUUGAAAGAGCUAAGCGACGUAUUGAAUCUUUGCAAAACCAAGUUUUCACUAUUGAAAGAUUUCAAAGCAGUGAUGCGUCAAUCCAUUUUUAUACUGGAUUUCCAAACUGGAAGGUAUUUAUGUCUGUUUUUAGAUACCUGAAUCCUGGUGAUAUGGGUGAACACAUCACAUACUGGUUGUCUUCAAGGAAAAAUGUAUCGGCCAGCAUUUAUGAGGAGGUGGCAGCUAAUGGAAGCAACAAAGGCAGAAGAAGGUCAUUGAGGCCUAUUGAUGAAUAUUUCCUUGUGAUGUGUAGACUCAGACAAGGCAUUCCUGAGGAGCACUUAAGUCAUCUGUUUGACAUAUCCACUUCAACAGUUAGUCGGAUUUUUAUCAGCUGGAUAAAUUUCAUGUAUUUGAGGCUAGGCCAACUAAACAUUUGGCCAACAAGGCAAGUAAUUAAUGAGACAAUGCCUGAAGAUUUCAAGCAAAAAUAUAGUUCUACAAGAGUUAUUAUCGACUGUACAGAGGUGAGGUGUCAAAUGCCCAGUAGUUUGCAUUUAAAUGGGGCACCACACAACCCUGAAGGGAUUAAUUGGCAUUUCUCCUGGCGGUGCAAUAACCUUCAUCAGCCAGCUGUAUACUGGCAGGAUCUCUGA